GCUGCGCCACCGAGUUCCGCCAUGUUCCAGACGGAAUCUGCCGGCAUAUUCAUGUCUUCGCUGCCGGAGACUCAGAGCUCCGAAAGCUUUGACGCCGGUGGAAGCACUCAGGAGCAAGACGACGAUUUUCACACGCCGCCUGAGAAGUCGUCAUUUCCGGCUUUCAACGAGUCGCUGGAGUUCGUCGAUUUUGGUCAUUCCAACAAGGAGCGCGGAGCGUCAAUUUGGAGAGGGAUUCUGAUUUAGGGUUUUCGGAGGUGCAGCUGACGGAAAGGGAUGAAAGGGAAUUGGUCUCUUGGAGCCCACUGGGAAUUAAACGAGAUGGUGUUGAUGAAGAUACUGAUGAGUUGCAGGUUAAAAAAUCGAAAAUUUCAAAGCCACAAUCAGGUAGUGAUUUUUCUAGGGCUUAUUUGGGGAUUGAAUCUCUGGGAAAUCUCAAUACUGGAGAAUGAAGGAAAUGAAGUGAUGUGUGGAGAAGAAGAUCAAAACAUGGAGAAUUCGGCUUGUGCACUGGAGAUUCCUAGAGAAGAAAAUGUUCAGAAGAAAAAUAAGAGCUCUAUUGUUUUUGAUGUUUUGAGGUUUCUAGCAGAGAAAGAAGUUGAGGAAUUGAGCUCUGGUAACAAGGAAGCGGGUGGUGGUGGUGGUACUGCUGCUGCUUAUGAUGAUGAUGAUAUUGGAAAUGCUGAUUUGUUGGAUGUUGUGGAGAUUGGUGGCAUUGAUUUCCCUUGUCCAAGGUGGUGGCCGGACGAUGAUAACAACAAAGUCUUAUCCCAGUAGGUGUGAUCAACUAUAUGAUCAAAUGCCACGCUAUAACUAUUAGUACAUGCAGGUUAUUUUCUAUCAAAGGUUUGGACUAGAACUGUGAUAGAGAAACUUUGUUCAAACUAUAUGAUUUGUAGAUUUCUAAAUGAAAACCAAACCUGCUGUGAAUGAUAUUAUAUAUUCUGUUAUGGACAUGUAAGGACCCUGACUGGGUUUGUGUUCUGGAUGUUUUAUCUGUGGCAUCGAAGCUUCAACUCUAAUCUAGUUUAUUGUUAUUUUUAUUAGUUUUUUUGUGUAUUUCAACUCUAAACAAAUUUUUUUCUUGAUCUCUAUUUUAUAUACACCACUAUAGCUUGUUCAAAAUUUCGAGCUACCUCAUAGUUUGUUGCAUAUCCUUUAAAAAAGCUUUCUUGGUUAAAUGAAAUAGGUUAUCGGCUAUUAAAAAAAUGUUGGGGUUUAAAAGAUUGACUUAUUUAUUAUAUUAUUGAAAUAGUAAUGACAAUGAUAAUGGAAGUAUUUAAUAAUAGCCAACGUAUGAGUUCGCAAAAUGGCCAACUGUUUCUUUUUUUUUUUUUAUCAAUCCUAAUAGAAUGAAUUUCUAUUAUCAUAUCCAUUGGUCAAGGUAAAUAUUGAUGAAUUCAGACUUUUAGAAAAUUCAACUACAGCCCAAAAAUGUGAAUAUCAAAUAAGAGAACUAGACAUCAGUCAUAUUAAGAAUUCAGCUGGUACUCGUCUAAACCAAAGCCUAAUUCAAACUUAAAGAAUGCGUUGUUGCAUUAUGCUGACUUACCACAGAUUAGUAUUUGCACUGAUGCUUAUCCCAUAAAGCUGUGUUCUCAUUUUAUUUGCCUAUAAAAAAGUUGGGGUAUGCAGGGCUUCUAUGAGGGGAAAAUUGGAGGUCAAAACUAUUCACAAAACAAGCUACAAUAGCAUACAAAACUCUGGAGAUUGUGACUCCGAAUUUCAAGCUAUAUGUUACAAUCUGCCUAUACCCAAAAGGAAAAAUAAAACAAAAAGAAAAAGCCACCAACUUGCAUAGUUGGCAAUCCAAGCUCAAAGAGGUUGCAAGGAAAUUAAAAAACACAACAAACAUGUGUUUUAAGAUAUUGCAAAAUGUGCUGCAGACUCUCAGAACUGAAA